AUGGGGACGGCGCUGGUCCAGCGCGGGGGCUGCUGCGUCCUCUGCCUGUCGCUGCUGCUGCUGGGUUGCUGGGCAGAGCUAGGCAGCGGCCUGGAGUUCCCGGGCGCCGAGGGCCAGUGGACACGCUUCCCCAAGUGGAACGCAUGUUGCGAGAGUGAGAUGAGCUUCCAGCUGAAGACGCGCAGUGCCCGCGGCCUCGUGCUCUACUUCGACGACGAGGGCUUCUGCGACUUCCUCGAGCUCAUCCUGACACGCGGCGGCCGCCUGCAGCUCAGCUUCUCCAUCUUCUGCGCCGAGCCCGCCACACUGCUGGCCGACACUCCGGUCAACGACGGUGUCUGGCACAGCGUGCGCAUCCGCAGACAGUUCCGCAACACCACGCUCUACAUCGACCGCUCCGAGGCCAAGUGGGUGGAGGUCAAGUCGAAGCGCAGGGACAUGACGGUGUUCAGCGGGCUCUUCGUGGGCGGCCUGCCGCCCGAACUGCGCGCUGCAGCGCUCAAGCUCACGCUGGCCUCGGUGCGCGAGCACGAGCCCUUCAAGGGCUGGAUCCGAGACGUCAGGGUCAACUCAUCCCAGGCGCUGCCGCUGGACGGCGGCGAGGUCAAGCUGGACGACGAGCCACCCAACAGCGGCGGCGGGAGCCCGUGCGAGGCGGGCGACGAGGGCGAGGGCGGUGUGUGCCUCAACGGGGGUGUGUGCUCCGUGGUCGACGACCAGGCGGUGUGCGACUGCUCGAGGACCGGCUUCCGUGGCAAGGACUGCAGCCAAGGAAAAGAAGAAUAUAUUGCCACAUUCAAGGGAUCUGAAUACUUCUGCUACGACUUGUCUCAAAACCCCAUUCAAAGCAGCAGCGAUGAAAUAACUCUGUCCUUUAAAACUCUUCAGAGGAAUGGACUGAUGCUUCACACAGGGAAAUCAGCUGAUUAUGUCAAUCUUGCCUUGAAAAAUGGAGCUGUUUCUCUGGUCAUUAAUUUGGGAUCAGGGGCCUUUGAAGCACUAGUGGAGCCCGUGAAUGGAAAGUUUAAUGAUAAUGCCUGGCAUGAUGUGAAAGUCACCAGGAAUCUGCGUCAGCACUCAGGCAUUGGACACGCUAUGGUAAACAAACUACAUUGUUCGGUGACAAUAUCAGUGGAUGGGAUUCUUACCACAACGGGCUACACGCAAGAAGAUUACACCAUGCUGGGGUCUGAUGACUUUUUCUAUGUUGGAGGCAGCCCCAGCACAGCCGACCUUCCAGGGUCACCAGUCAGUAACAACUUUAUGGGCUGUCUCAAAGAGGUUGUAUAUAAAAAUAAUGAUGUAAGACUGGAGUUAUCACGACUUGCCAAGCAAGGAGAUCCUAAGAUGAAGAUUCAUGGUGUGGUGGCUUUUAAGUGCGAAAAUGUGGCAACUUUAGACCCAAUAACUUUUGAGACCCCAGAAUCUUUCAUUUCUUUGCCUAAAUGGAAUGCAAAGAAAACAGGCUCAAUAUCAUUUGAUUUCCGUACAACAGAGCCAAAUGGCCUCAUAUUGUUUAGCCAUGGCAAGCCAAGACAUCAGAAGGAUGCCAAGCACCCACAGAUGAUUAAGGUUGACUUUUUUGCUAUUGAAAUGCUGGACGGCCACUUGUACCUCCUCUUAGACAUGGGAUCAGGUACAAUAAAAAUCAAAGCCCUGCAGAAGAAAGUCAAUGAUGGAGAAUGGUAUCAUGUGGAUUUCCAGCGGGAUGGACGGUCAGGCACCAUUUCUGUCAACACACUGCGCACUCCCUACACAGCUCCUGGAGAGAGUGAGAUCCUGGACCUAGAUGAUGACUUGUAUCUGGGUGGCUUGCCAGAAAAUAAGGCUGGCCUGGUCUUCCCCACCGAGGUGUGGACUGCUCUGCUCAACUAUGGCUACGUGGGCUGCAUCCGGGAUCUAUUCAUUGAUGGCCAGAGCAAAGACAUCCGGCAGAUGGCGGAAAUUCAGAGCACUGCUGGAGUGAAGCCAUCCUGCUCAAGGGAGACAGCAAAACCCUGUCUUAGCAAUCCUUGCAAAAACAAUGGCAUGUGCAGGGAUGGCUGGAACAGAUACGUCUGUGAUUGCUCUGGAACAGGCUAUCUCGGCAGGUCCUGUGAGAGAGAGGCAACGGUUUUGAGCUAUGAUGGAAGUAUGUUCAUGAAAAUUCAGCUUCCGGUGGUGAUGCACACCGAGGCCGAGGAUGUGUCCUUACGGUUCAGAUCCCAGCGUGCAUAUGGUAUCCUGAUGGCAACCACUUCUAGAGACUCUGCGGACACUCUCCGACUGGAGCUAGAUGCAGGGCGUGUGAAACUCACGGUCAAUCUAGAUUGUAUCAGGAUUAACUGUAAUUCCAGCAAAGGUCCUGAGACCCUUUUUGCCGGCUAUAACCUCAAUGAUAAUGAAUGGCACACAGUGCGUGUGGUUCGGCGAGGAAAAAGUUUAAAGCUAACCGUGGAUGAUCAGCAGGCCAUGACAGGCCAAAUGGCAGGUGAUCAUACAAGGCUGGAGUUUCAUAACAUAGAGACGGGCAUCAUCACAGAACGACGCUAUCUAUCUUCUGUUCCCUCCAAUUUCAUUGGGCACCUGCAAAGCCUGACAUUUAAUGGAAUGGCAUACAUUGACUUGUGUAAAAAUGGUGAUAUAGAUUACUGUGAACUCAACGCCAGGUUUGGAUUCAGGAACAUCAUUGCGGAUCCUGUCACCUUCAAGACCAAAUCGAGCUAUGUUGCCUUAGCUACAUUGCAAGCCUACACUUCUAUGCAUCUGUUUUUCCAAUUCAAGACAACAUCCCUAGAUGGACUAAUCCUGUAUAAUAGUGGGGAUGGAAAUGACUUUAUUGUGGUUGAAUUAGUUAAAGGGUACUUGCAUUAUGUGUUUGACUUGGGAAAUGGUGCUAACCUCAUCAAAGGGAGCUCAAACAAACCACUCAACGACAAUCAGUGGCACAAUGUGAUGAUUUCAAGGGACACCAGCAAUCUUCACACAGUAAAGAUUGACACAAAAAUCACAACACAAAUCACUGCGGGAGCCAGAAAUUUAGACCUCAAGAGUGACUUGUAUAUUGGAGGAGUGGCUAAAGAAACAUACAAAUCCUUGCCGAAACUGGUCCACGCCAAAGAAGGCUUUCAAGGUUGCCUGGCAUCUGUGGACCUGAAUGGCAGGCUUCCAGAUCUCAUCUCUGAUGCUCUUUUCUGCAAUGGGCAAAUUGAGAGAGGAUGUGAAGGACCCAGCACAACCUGCCAAGAGGACUCAUGUUCAAAUCAAGGCGUGUGCUUGCAGCAAUGGGAUGGCUUCAGCUGUGACUGUAGCAUGACUUCCUUCAGUGGCCCACUCUGCAAUGACCCUGGAACAACAUAUAUCUUUAGCAAAGGUGGUGGACAGAUUACAUAUAAGUGGCCUCCUAAUGACCGACCCAGUACACGAGCAGACAGGCUGGCCAUCGGGUUUAGCACUGUUCAGAAGGAAGCAGUGUUGGUGCGUGUGGACAGUUCCUCAGGCCUGGGUGACUACCUUGAACUUCACAUACACCAAGGAAAAAUUGGAGUUAAGUUUAAUGUUGGGACAGAUGACAUCGCCAUUGAAGAGUCCAAUGCAAUCAUUAAUGAUGGAAAAUACCAUGUAGUGCGCUUCACGAGGAGUGGUGGCAAUGCCACGUUACAGGUGGACAGCUGGCCAGUCAUUGAGCGCUACCCUGCAGGAAACAAUGAUAACGAGCGCCUGGCGAUUGCUAGACAGCGAAUUCCAUAUCGACUUGGUCGAGUAGUUGAUGAAUGGCUACUCGACAAAGGGCGUCAGCUCACAAUCUUCAAUAGCCAAGCAACCAUAAUUAUUGGCGGGAAAGAGCAGGGCCAGCCCUUCCAGGGUCAGCUCUCUGGGCUUUACUACAAUGGCUUGAAAGUUCUGAAUAUGGCAGCAGAAAACGAUGCCAACAUCGCCAUAGUGGGGAAUGUGAGGCUGGUCGGUGAAGUGCCUUCCUCUAUGACAACAGAGUCGACAGCCACUGCCAUGCAGUCUGAGAUGUCCACCUCAAUCAUGGAGACCACCACAACCCUGGCUACCAGCACAGCUAGAAGAGGAAAGCCCCCAACAAAGGAACCCAUCAGCCAGACAACGGAUGAUAUCCUUGUGGCCUCGGCAGAGUGUCCCAGCGAUGAUGAGGACAUUGACCCCUGUGAGCCGAGCUCAGGUGGGUUAGCUAACCCUACCCGAGUGGGCGGUCGCGAACCAUACCCAGGCUCUGCAGAAGUGAUCCGGGAAUCCAGCAGUACCACGGGCAUGGUGGUGGGGAUUGUCGCGGCAGCUGCUCUGUGCAUCCUCAUCCUCCUCUAUGCCAUGUACAAGUACAGAAACCGGGAUGAAGGGUCAUACCACGUGGAUGAGAGUCGAAACUACAUCAGUAACUCAGCACAGUCCAAUGGGGCUGUGGUCAAGGAGAAACAGCCCAGCAGUGCGAAGAGCGCCAACAAAAACAAGAAGAACAAGGAUAAGGAGUAUUAUGUCUGAUCUCAACAUUCAAAAAAGACACUUGUAUAAAAAUAGUCUUCAUUUUAUCUGAGACAUAAUAUAAACUUAUUUACUUUCCUUUUUAUGAAGCACAUACAAAAGAAGACAGGGAAUGCGAUCAGGAGGGAAAGCUUUUUAAACAAACAAACAAACAAACAAACAAGUAUCUCAUGCUCUUGUUUCUCAAAAAAAAACCAUACACACACAAAAAAAAAAUGGAAGAGAGAAGAAAGGAAGGAAAAUACUAAAACAAACAAACAACAGGGGCCAAUAAAAUUCCCUAACAUCCGCAGUGUUUUCAUUUACUCUGCCUGUCUUUAUGUUGCUGGAACAUUCUAAAAGACGGUGAGGACCGCACGCAUUCAUAAAGCAAAGGAGUAUUACAUCGAGGCACAACACAAAACCAACACAAAACACAACACACACAAAGAAGCUACCUAUGAUCCUGGAUUCAGCCAAAGUGCUAGUGCUUUCCUGAGGAGCCAGUCAGUGGGAGAGCCAGAGAAGAACGUCUUCUUGUGGGACCAUCUGCAGAUUACGAGGAGUUGGUCAGCUGGAGCAACUGGAGCAGGGGUUGGAACUUGCAUUUGAAAUAAAUUGCUGGCUUUUGUUUGAAGACUUAUACAGGAAUGCAUUAAAAAGCCCCUUUCUGUUUGUGAGAGAAUAAUAAUUAAAUUAAAGUAUGGAGGCCUUAUUUUCAAAAAUGGGAAAUAUAAGGCACGUUUUCACAUUAAAAUUUCAAAACAAAAAUGAGAGGGCAUAGAUGCAAUCAUUGGGAAAUUUUCAUGCACGCUUACUAUGUUAUUACAUAUGUUUAUAUAAACCCAUCUCUGUGUGCUUUCUGGACUGUGAUAAGUGACGUUUUAUAGCCUGUUGUAUAGAAAAUGCAAAAUAUAUCUCUGCUCUUCAGCCACUUUUGGUAAAUUCAAUGUUAUAAGUGUUGCUAAGUAUAGGGAGUUUUAUGACAUUGGAGCAACAAUUAUUUCAGACAGAUUUUUUUGCCACCAUUAUAAAUUGCCACAAUUACUUACUUUUUUAAACAAAAAUUACAGUGUAGUGUUUAUUCUAAGAAAGAUAUGUAUGAAUGUAUAUAAAAGGACUCAGCUCAGCUCCUUCUUUUCUUACAUAUAUAGCCUUCAUUCUGUUGCAUUAUUAAGUUUUAGUAUUUGUAUGAAAGGUGUGAAUUAGAAGGUGGAACAUAUAUCUAAGUAUCAUAUAAACCUUUUUCUUUCCCAAAUACUCAUAUUUCUAUAUAUGUUUAACAUUCACACACAUACACACACACACACACACACACACACACACACACACACACACACGGGGGGAGAGAGAGGGAGAGAGAGAGAGAGAGAGAGAGAGAGAGAGAGAGAGAGAGAGAAGCAGCCAUCAAAUAUGAUACAAUAUCAAAACACACAAAUACUUACAAAUGGAAAGUGUGAAGGAAGACAGUUGUGCCAAGGUAUUAUAACAAAUGGGUGGUUUGCUUCCUUGAGAUCCUGAUUCCAGGAAACCUUGAGUUCUUAGUCCCUAGUAAAAUGGAAACUUUUUUUUUUAAUAAAAAAAGAAUCAUCACCAUACAUGGCUACAUAAAUACACAUCAUUCUACAGGCAUUACAUAAACAAUGUUGGUGAACUCUGUCUGCUGCUGUGGAAAACUUUUUCCCAUAAAAUUAUAUACAUUCUUUGAACAUGGUGUGUGUGAUUAAGCUUUAUGGCAAGUAAGCAUUUUCUCAAUUAAAAAAGUAUUCUCAGUAAUUUUUGAUUCUGUAUUACUACCCAUUUAAAUAAUUCUAUAUUGUUGACUAUUGACUAAAUUUUAACAUUUCUGGUUUUACAUCUAUAUACUUAAACAUACUUUUAGUUUAACAUACACUGUGUAGUAGUGAGGUAUAGAUUACACACUUGUUUUGCAUAUUGUUUCAAGUAUGUUCAUAGCAAUAAAUUAUCAAUGUGAGAAAAUAAUUUUGAGGUUGGAGGGUGAUGCCUCUGUAAAAAUUGAUCACAUAACAUAAAUAUCUAAAAGAAUGAUACUAGGUUUCAUAAAAGAACAAGAUACUAUUACAAUCAGCUUUAAUCAGCAAGGCAAAAAAUGUAAAACAUCUUUUGUAGUACUUUAGUUGAUGAACAACAUGCCAAGAAGUGGCCUGGAUUUCAGACAUAGCACUACCUUAGAAAUACAUAUAUGUCAUAGCAAAUCACAAUGAGGUACAGCUGCCAAGAAAUUGUGUAAGAAGUCUUAAAGGCAGUUCAUCACCUGAAAAAUAGAUGGCACAAAGUUAAAAUUCAAUACCCAUUUCUUCUGUUUCAAGUCUUCAUAUAUUUUUAAUUUGCCAGGUUAAAAGAUCUCACAAGUCUUUUCCCCUACCCCUCUCAUUCAGUCUUACUCAGGGAAAGCCAGAGAAAUAAAAAGGAACAUAAAAUCACCAAUUUACAGCUUAAAGCAUACACACACAUACACACACAUACUUUAACCUAUUGUAUCUAUUUAACACAAACUAAUUUCUUCUGGACAAAUUCUAAAAGAUGGUGGAAGAAUUCAUUGACUUGUAGCUUUUUAAAUGGUCUCUCUGGAGCCUUGCUGUUUAUAAUUGAUUUCAGUGUUUCUUCACAGCAAGAAUGUCAAAAUUCCACACAUUGAUAUAAACUGAUAGUGCUGGUAAAAACAUAUAUCUAAUUUUACUGACCUACACAAAAGUUAGCAGGUUUUCCCCCUGAAUGGAGAAGGAAAAGAAAGGACUGUGAAUUUUUGAAGGAAAAAGACUUGAAUCCAACCCAUGUAUCGUUAUACUAAACAUAUCAGGUUCCGUGUGUCACUUGCAACUCACAGAAGUUCUCACAUUACCUGGCAUAAAGUGACUACAUCUCUUGAUUGUAACUUUUCUGAUUGAAUAUGCUUCUUUUCUUAAUCCAUGAAAUGUGUUGCCUUUUAAAACAAAAACGAUGACUACAAUAAUGUAUGAGGUGGUUUAUCCCUAAGAAGUCAACGCAAAGUCACUUCAAUCAUACUCUUCUAGUGUUUCGAGUGACUGAGUAUCUAAGGGGUUUGUUUUGUUUUUCUGUUGCAAGGCCAAUUUAUCCAUUAUUGGAAAUGCUAAGCAAGUGGAAUUUACUGUUUUGUUAAUAAAAUAUUUCUUAAUACAA